CAAACUUAAAUGUGUGAUCCACCUGACUUAGCCUUCUUAGUAGCUUGGAUUAUUCCACAGCACCUGACUAUUAAUAAUAUUUUAAAGCUGAGAACAUCUGAAUUCCUGCCUCUUUUGGAGCAAAGAUGGUUAAGGAAAGGUGUCAGAAAAAGUCCUUUCAAGAUAGUCUUGAAGACAUUAAGAAGCGAAUGAAGGAAAAAAGGAAUAAAAACUUGGCAGAGAUUGACAGGCGCAAGUCCUUUAUUGUUGCACCGUGCCAAGUACCCACUAACGCUUCUACACUGCUGAAAAAUUACCAAGAUAACAACAGGUUGUUAGUUUUGGCUUUGGAAAAUGAAAAAUCCAAAGUGAGAGAAGCCCAGGAUAUCAUCCUAAACCUGAGGAGAGAGUGUUACUACCUUACAUGUCAGCUGUAUACACUGAAAGAGAGGCUAACUUCCCGACAGCAUGGAGAAACUGUUCAGGACCAGAAAGGAUGCCCCUCAGAAGUGGUCUCCAGUAACAACAGCACACCCAGGGACUUUCCUGUGAAGACAUUACAACCAGCUGCUCUUGAAGAAACUGACUGGCCAUUCCAAACUGAAGAGCCAAAUCCUACUGUUUCUCCAGACACAUUGGGGAGCGAUUGUGAUUCUGGUAACGUCGAGUCUACUGAUAACGCCUUACCUAGGACUGUGUCUUUCCAUCGCCACCUACAGGAAAAUGUUAGUAAUUUAAGUCACUCCACUGCUUUGGGGCAUGAAGCCAGUCAAUGGGUGGGGCAGCCUUUGGAAGUGAGGAGUGGGUGUAAAGACCUAACCCUGCAUAAACUUGGAAAUGUAGGACAAAAUGUUUGUCUGUGGAACAAAGGCCAAACUAACUUAUCCCUUAGACCGACUUACCCGAGAAAAAUUGCUAAAGUAAAAGAAGUCAUUUUACCAUCUAAUCCUCAAGAAAUGAAAAGCAAGCAUAAACAUGCGCAAAAAAGAAGAGCCGAGCGAAAAAGAGCCAAGCAGAGAUGCAAAUCAAAGUCCUCAUUGAGGUGUAAGGACAACAAAAGGAAAGAUAAGCAGGCUGUAGUCCCUCCAGCACCAGAUGGCUCUAUGGGUCCCAGCGACACUUACAAUUUUAAUCUGGAAGAGUGUGUUCACCUUACCCCUUUCCGACAAAAAAUGAGCAAUGGCUCCAGUGGAGAAACUAACAGCAACAACUCGGAAGUGAGUUCUGAGGAAGUCAGUGACUCUGAGGACGAUUCUGAUGAGCUCUACCUGCCUCCCUGCAAGGACUUGCAAGACUAUACCAGAGAGUUGGACAGAGCAGUUACCAGGCCUCGGUCUAAAAGAGGACUUAAAUUCACAGAUGAAAAAGAGAUGGAGGAUGUCUCGCCAACUAGAACUCCUGUUGAUACCCCACCUGAAACUCAAGAGUCACCUCAUUGUAGACUAAAGGAUGUCACCAAUAUCCUGCUGUAUCCUGUGGUGAAAAUCAAGAGACUUUCUUUGUCUCCGAAAAGGAAUGAAAACAGCCCAGCAGUGCCUCUGCCUAAACGCAGGUGCACCACCAUCACAAGCUAUAAAGAGCCAAAACUCACUUCGAAGCUAAGAAGAGGGGACCCUUUCACAGACCUGUGUUUCUUGAAUUCUCCUAUUUUCAAGCAGAAAAAGAAUGUGAGACGUCCUAAAAGAAGUACAGAGCAAACAUAGUAACUGCUUUUGUUGGAUGCUGAGGAAGGUGAUCCUUCUUUUUUGCCUACUAGGGCCUAGGAGACAGUU